AUGGCUUUGAACGCAACGACAACAAAGUUUCACAUCGGGUACAAUGACACAACGGUCAAGAACUUUGAGCUACGAGAUGUUUCUACGUGCUUGCAAUAUUUACUGCCAACGUUGCACACACUCCCUCCAGAUUUUUCACUUCUCGAUAUUGGAUGCGGGCCGGGGAGCAUAACCUUCGACCUGGCACGGCGCUUUCCUCAAGCCAAAAUCAUUGGCCUAGACCAAGAUGUCACUGUCAUCGAGCGAAACCAGGAAAACAUUGCGACAUUGGCCCCUGGCACCAAGUUGGAAUUUCGCGUGGGUGAUAUUUCAAGGCUAGAAUCAUUCUUGACGGUUGAUGAGAUUGGAUGUUUUGAUGUGGUCCAUGAACACACCACACUCAUCUGCAUACCGGAUAAUAUCCCUGUACUCAGGCAGAUGAAGCUUCUGGCCAAGUCAAAAGGCGGUAUUGUAGCCUGUCGCGAUGGUGACACACAAUCACAAAUCAUCUGGCCGCCAUGUCCUGAGACUAAAGAGCUUCAAGAACGGAUCUAUCGCAUGAAGGGUCUCGAGACGCAGACGGGCCGACGACUGAAGACCAUGGCGCUGGAGGCGGGCUUCCGGAUUGACCAGAUCACCGCUUCUGCGAGUGUCCUUUCCAACAUCACGGACGAUGAGCGACAAGCAUACGCAGGCUCCAUGCUGAACAUCCUGGCCGACGAAAAAUCGGAGUACCGUCAAGCUGCUGCGAAGUUUGGCUAUACAGACGAGCAGGUCGAGGUUCUGAGGGACAAUAUGCGAAGGUUCAUUGCCGCCAAAGAUGCCUGGAGAUUAUUGAUUUGCACAGAGAUUUUAUGUAGAUUGGACUAG